CAAACAGCUGGGAUCCAAAACAGUUUGAAGUGAAUGAAUGAGAGACCAGGGACAGGCAGCGGGUACUGAGGAGGGGAUGAGUCCAGAGGGAGAGGAAGGCCCCUCCAUGGCAGGUAAUCAGGCCUGAGCUAGAAAACAAGGUUGAAGUUAUUCAUUAGCAGGUGGAAGGGUCAAGGGUCGAGGAAGGGGGCUGGAGGCAAAGCGCACUGAACAGCCAGAGAAGAGAGCAGUUAAGGCACCAGUCCCCCAGGAGAGCGCCGGCUCCGCCUGCCGAAGAUGUUCCAGCGGGUCUGGGCCGCUCUGCUGUAUCUCUGUGGCAUCCUCCUCAACUCCGUCUAUCAGUGCCCUGAGCACCCUCAGCUCACAGCUCUGGGGGUGGAUGAGAAAGAGCUCCCAGAGCGCCACCUGGGCCAGUGGUACUUCAUCGCAGGGGCAGCUCCCACCAAAGAGGAGCUGGCCACCUUUGAGUCUGUGGACAACAUUGUCUUUAACAUGGCUUUGGGCUCCACACCGACGCGGCUGCAGCUCAGUGCCACCAUGCGCCUGAAAAAUGGGUUCUGUGUGCCCCGGAAAUGGAUCUACCACUUGACGGAAGGGAGCACACACCUCAGCACCGAAGGCCGCCCAGACAUGAAGACCGAGCUCUUCGCCAGCUCGUGCCCAGGUGGAAUUAUGCUGAGAGAGAUGGGCCAGGGUUACCAGCGCUUCCUCCUCUACAAUCGCUCCCCACACCCUCCGGAGAAGUGCGUGGAAGAAUUCCAGUCCCUGACCUCUUGCCUGGACUCCAGAGCCUUUUUACUGAUUCCCAGGAACCAAGGCUAUGAUGGCACCAGAGGAACGUGGCUAAAAGUUGUGAUGUCGCAUGAGGGAACAAGGAUGAGCUAUGGGCUCCUCAGAUAGGUUUCUGAGUGCAGCGGAUACGGGGCAGAGGGUCAGGCGUGCAGGGGAAGAGGCCUCCCAGACUCCUCUGACACGGAACAGCACCGCACUCCCUCCCACCAGCCUUGCCUUGACCCUUAGACCGCCUGACCCCCUUUCCUUCCUCCGCCC